AAAUGAAAAGAGUGGCGAAGUUUAAGGAUUAGGUUGAUUUUUAAAAUCCAACGGUCAGGGAUGCAAGACUCUUUUAUAGGGUCCACAAUCCCUACUGUCAACGGCCCAACAACCAAUAAUGUUUUACCACGUAGCACCUUCCAAUUUCUCUUCUCUUUGUCUUUUUUUCUUGUUCUUUCAACUUUCUCUCUCUUCAAUAUUUUUGUGGCGAACCGCACAACUUUCUCUCUCUUCCCAAGAAUUUCCUAACCCUAUUUUUAUUUCUCAAUCAUCAAUUUUUUCUAUUACCUCUCUUUGCAGGAAUUUAUUAUCAUAAUUUUCCUUUCUAGGGUUCCAUUUAAUUUCAAUGAAGUACUUCUCAUUAUCAACGAUUUGAUUUAUGUUUGUGUACAGUUUUGAGAGAUUAGGUUUUGAGAUUUGUGAAAGAUUUGAUCUUUGUAUAUGAUCAAAUCAUAUCAGAUCAAUUUCCUUAAUACGUCCUAGUUCCCAAGAUUUCAAUCUUUUGGUGAUUGUUUUUUUUCCUAAUAAUUAUAUAAGCUCUAUAGCUUUGGUGUUUUUUGGUGGGUAUUUUGAUAUAUUGAGGUAAAAUCUGUAUGAAAGAGAGAGUGAAUCCUAUGUGUUCAUCAGAGAUCAUGGCAGCAGGAGCUGAAUUUUCACCCACAUUUCCAAUUUUAGAAGCUAAUUGUAACAAUAACAAGGAAAUUGAAUCAAAAAUCAAAGAUGAGGGUUUUGACGACGGUGAAAAUUUGAGGCAAACAAGCAAUGCUAAGCCUCCAAGACAUAUCUCCGUUGUUCGGCAUUCCAUGACCUCUAUCAGUCUAUUCCCACCUGUUGAAACGGACUCAGAUGAUGGAUCAAUUUGCAGUAAAACACCUUCUGAAGAAAAAUCUGGGUUUCUUCCGGUGUUUCGCUCAGGAAGCUGUGCUGAAAUAGGGCCGAAGCAAUACAUGGAAGAUGAACAUAUUUGUAUUGACAAUCUUUGUGAACAUUUAAGCGCAUCUGAUGAUUUCCCCUCUCCUGCAGCAUACUAUGGGGUUUUUGAUGGCCAUGGUGGAACAGAUGCAGCUUCCUUUGUUUGUAGCAACCUUCUUAAGUAUAUAGUUGAGGAUCCACAAUUCCCCGUUUCUUUGGAGAAGGCUAUUAAGAGUGCCUUUAUUAAAGCUGAUUAUGCAUUUGCUGAUUCUACUGCUGUUGAUAUUUCCUCUGGCACUACUGCCCUUGCUGCCCUUAUUUUUGGAAGGACAAUGCUAGUCGCUAAUGCUGGCGAUUGUCGUGCUGUGUUGGGAAAACGGGGUAGGGCAGUUGAGCUAUCCAAAGAUCACAAACCUAACUGUUCAUCUGAGAAACUAAGGAUAGAGAGACUUGGUGGGGUGGUCUAUGAUGGUUACCUCAAUGGUCAGUUGUCUGUAGCACGUGCUCUUGGAGAUUGGCAUAUGAAAGGCCCGAAAGGCUCUUCUUUUCCCUUGAGUGCGGAGCCUGAAUUGCAGGAAACGGUCCUGACAGAAGAUGAUGAAUUCCUUUUACUGGCCUGUGAUGGUCUUUGGGAUGUGAUGAGUAGCCAGUGCGCUGUAACAAUUGCUAGGAGAGAACUCAUGCUUCAUAAUGAUCCCGAAAGGUGCUCUAGAGAACUUGUCCGGGAGGCACUAAAGCGCAACACAUGCGACAAUUUAACAGUUAUAGUGAUUUGCUUUUCUGCAGACCCACCACCUCGGAUUGAGAUGCCUCCCACUAGACGGAGGAGUAUAUCAGCAGAAGGCCUGAAUCUGUUGAAGGGCGUAUUAGAUGGAGUCUCGUAAGGCUUUAGGUGGGAAAUUAUGAAUUUUUCCUUAAAUGAAUGGAGUUUGCUAUCAAUAUGAAGCAGUUCACAGCCUUGAUUACAGUUUACGGCUUGUCUACCAUGAGGCAACUGCCAAGAAUUAAGGAAAGAUAUACAUACAUAUAUAUCUUUUGGUGAAGCGAUGGGAUGAUGGUGUAGAAACAUGUGGUCGCUGUCAAGGCUGGCUAAGGGGUUUCCUAAAAGAAUGUUGCAGUGUAGCUAUUCUAUUAUGGGGAUAAGUUGCUUUCCAAUUUAGAAGCUUAGUUAUGUAGGAUGUAAAUUAUUCGGCAAUCAUUUUUGUGCAUCAGGAUUCAGGGAGUAGCAGCAGAGUUUUUUAUUACUAUGUUGUAUAAUGAGGAUGAUUCAAUCGUUUUAGUGCUUGUAGCUGAAUAGAAUCCAUUAUUUCUUAUGAUAUGAUCUUCGAUCUUUGAUUGAUAUAUGCCAAAAUUCCUAUUAGUCCUAUUGGCUCUAUUUGUUAGACCUAUGACGCAUUGUAAUUCCAAACUGUAAACAUUUCUUUCUUCUUGCAUCAAUUAAUUUAAGUAGUUUAUUUUUAGAAAAUUAUAAAAAUUUGUUAGGCACCAAUUUAUUUUGAACUCCAAACCCCAUGUAGAUAGGAUUCACUUAAUGAGAUUGAGAUGAUAACAUAUUUGUAUGAGUUGAGUAAUUACAACACUCAAGUUUGACCUGUGAUUAUGAAUAUGAGGAUGAUAAGAGAUGUUAUUUGAAGUAUUUACAUAAUAAUCCAGAAAUCUCAAGAAUUAGGGUUAAUGAUUAUAAUUAAUGAUGGCAGUGCUUAAUGGCUAAGGACAAAAGAGGAGGACCAAGAUUGUGG